GGGUCUCUUGAAGUCAAGAGACCCGCACAUCAAAUCAAAGUUGAGAUGUCGCCGACCCUGAAGACAACAGUCCCUUACUUCCAGUCAACCACCACCCAGCAAUCUGGCCGAUUCAGCUCUCAUAGUUCUUCCGUGACGGUGGCUAUGAGGCAACGGCGUCAAGUGAUAGCGUCAUAAGAAGGAGGACAUGAACGCUUCGUUUGCCGUAUUGUCUUCAAAUCAGCGAGGUGCUAGUCAUAUCUGACGUGAGCUUCUACGAGAUAUAUACAGGGCAAAGCAUACCCUAAUACUUUCAAAACCCAUGCGAAUUUGUCGCUUCCUCUGUCUGUUUCUUUCAAUAUGAGUGAGAUACGUCUGGUCUACUUCAUGUAUCACCACUACCAACAUUGUUUUCUAUCGAAGAAACCACUCAUAUCUCCCCCUGCGACCGAAUCUUUCACACUCUUUCCUCUCCUGCCGCAAGAGCUCCGGCUUCAGAUUUGGGACGCUGUGGCGGAAGAGCCGAACACCGUCGAACUCAGCUGCACACCGACUGCCUCUUACCUCCCUGAUGGUCGCUGGUUCUCACAUACCAAACCUCCCAUCAUUUUCCGAAUCUGCUCCGAAUCACGUGCAGUUGCCAUGGCUCAUUACGAGGUGUUGACAUUCUCACCGGACGUGGUUGGAAUUCCCUGCAAGACGGAGCUGUACAUCAAUUUCGCUGUUGACACGUUGUGGGUUUGCUCUGACAUGCAUAUCAAAUGGGCAAGGAUGUUAUUAUCGAAGAACGACCAGUUGAAGGAGAAGUUGAAGUUCUUGGCUGUCAACGAGAAACUGUGGAAGGAUCUCAACCAGACCGAUCUCACUCCUGGCCAUAGUGGAGGAGUUCUACCGUGGCUGCCACCGACCACAGCAGUUGCGUGUGAAUUGAAGGCUUUGGAGGAUGUGAAAUUCCACAGUUGAAUGUUGCAUUGGAGUCGACGGCAGGGUAGAUCAACUCAAAGAAGAACGUUUCAUUUUCGGUUCUGGUUACUCCUAUGGUAUUGAAGGCACUGGCUCCCCAAGGCCUUGGGCGGUCAUUGUACGAGUUCCUAGUUAUUGUCUGGAAUGGAGUUGGGGGUUGAAGGCAUUAUGUAGAUGGAUUGCAAAAGCAAGGGCUCGAUUAUUUCACAUAAAUUGACCAUGAUUAGAUUCAGACGGCCACGAGUCCGCAUAGCACAAACGAGUGUCCACGCUUAAUCGAGUACUUUUAACAUUUCAACCUCAUAUCUUGCUUCGUCUGAAAAAAAAAAUUUAGGAGGAAAAGCAGGGCAGAGCGUGAACGAGCAAGGCCCAUUGGUCUGGAAUCGAUAAUGACACGUAGUUUAUUUAGGUAUGUAGUACUUGUAUUGAUGCAUAGCAGUCGAAGGUC